GCUGUGCGCGUGGGGGCGCGCUGAGCCAUGCAGAUGUGUCGCAGAUUUUAAAAGUCACCGUGCGCGCAGAAAGAUCUAGUACGAGGAAAUGGGACGCUGAAAAGCUUUGAAAACUGAAGCCAAAGCAAAACUGCGAAGAAAACAGUAAGAUAAAAGCAGGAAGACAUCACCGAUUCGUCUGACUUUAACGAGCAACGCGCAUUUUCAUUUUCCAAAUACAUCUACACACAGCUCCAGGGUUAUUUUGAAGAUACUGUUUAAGACAUUAAAAGCGCAAAUAAUCCCAUGGAACUGUCCGCAAUCGGAGAACAAGUGUUUGCUGUGGAAUCGAUCAGAAAGAAAAGAGUGAGGAAGGGGCAUGUGGAAUAUUUACUAAAAUGGAAGGGGUGGCCCCCAAAGUACAGCACUUGGGAACCUGAGGAGCAUAUCCUGGAUCCCCGGCUUGUUUUGGCAUUUGAGGAGAAAGAACAUAAGGACAGAGCAGUGGGUUGGCGUAAGAGAGGACCUAAACCGAAAAGACUUUUUGUACAGGGCAUUUACUCAAUGGAUCUCCGCAGUGCACACAAAGCAGUAGAGACGUCUUCGGGACAUCUGCACCUAUCUCUUACACACCCCCUUGAUGUACAGGCUGGACAUGCAGCACAGAAAUUCUGCUCCACAGAAAAUAGUGUAUAUGGGCAUCUACUUCAUCAAAAAAUAAAGAAGAGAAAGCUCCAAGACCCUUCAGUGAAGGACUGGGAAGAGUUGGAGAAGGAUGACAACUAUGAAGAGGAGCUUAUGAGAGGGGACGAGACUGUAGAGGCAACUCUAAACAGUAAUGUGGACAUAGAGGAUUGGAGUCCAUUACCUGGAUCAGAGGAAAUGGCAGUGUCUCCAGUGUGUGAGGAAUGGAGGCCAGUUAUGGGUCUAGAGGAGCAGCAAAAGAUAGGAGAGAGCAUGGCACAGGUGAAUUCUGCGGUCAGCAUCGCAUGCUCUGUGCCAGAAUCGAAUGUGCAAAAAAUAUAAACAGCAUGGUCAGUAAAUUUCCUUAAAUGUUGUAGCUGAGCUCAUGACCACUUAAAGCUGACACGACCAUGCUGUGCUGCCACCAGGCAACUGUACAAACAACCUAAUGCUUCAAUCAGGAUUAAAUUUAAUAAUUAAGUAAUUUCCUUCAUAUUAAAGGCUGUUGCCAUGUCAAAAGCUAAAAACCUUGUUUUAUAUCAAACUCUACCACUACCCAUUUUUUAUUUCCAGGUUUUAAGACAAUUUUUUAUAGCUUGACCAAUAAUGCUGACAUUUUGACUGUAAUUAGUCUUAUUAUUAUUCUUAGUAGUUUUAAACAUGUACCACUGGCAGUUUUGGUUAAAAAAAAAAAAAAAAAAGGUCAUUUAUGAAACAGGCAACAUCUCCAUAAAUGUACAACAUUUCAGCAUUUAUUCUACAACAUGGGAAAAUGAUCCUAGAUAUCCAUAACUGUUUAUAAUGUUCUAGUUUUUUAUAAUCUUCUCUAUAAGCUGAAGCAUUGUAAACAAAAUUCCUAAAUGCCAUGCUUAUCUGGAAAUGUUGUGUAUUGCACCCACUUCUCUCAUAAAACAUGUAAUCAUUGUUUAGUCUGAGCAUUGUUAUUAUGGUCCAAUACAUGUGUAACGGCUUAUUUUGGUUAAGUUGAUCUGCGAAAUGUUUUACCAGCAGCAUAGUGUUAUUGCAACAGUAUGUAAGCUGUCACUGAAAGAAAGACCCCGGUUACAUGUAACUGUUUUAUGUGUUGUAUAUGUGUAUUGCAUACUAGCAAGAUUUUAAUCACAUGCAUUUGCACUAGUUACUGGUUUAGCUGUAAAUGUUAUUGCAGCAAAGUUCUAUUCUUUCACCAAAGUUGAUUCUUUUCCUGUGCCAUAAUGUCCUGAAUUGUUUAUUCCUCCUGUACCACAGCAAAUCGCCACCAAUAUACUUUUUAUUUAUUAACAAAUUAUAUUUGAUUUGAAUACUUUUAUCGGUUUAAAGUUGUAUUUAACAUCCUGUUAUCACCUUCAUUUAACAUGCUAUAACAGUUUUCUUCAUUUUUUUUUUUUUUUUUGUUGAAAAAAAAAAAAGGCAUAUGUAGUAUUGUGUCCUUAGACUUACCUGGUAAAAGGUGAAAAGCAAGAGGUGAAAAACAAACAAAACAAAAUCUGAUUCAGCCUGAUUCAAGAAAUCAGCAUCACUGUGGUAUCGCUGAAUAUAUUCCCAUGUGUGGUACAGAAAAGAAACCCUGCUACAAACUUGCCUGGUCCAUGCUUAUUUACAGUAUAAAUCAUUACUUUACUUGAGUUUGGCCCAAUGCAGAGAAACAAAACAGCUAAACGUCUAUUUUAGGAGGCAUCUGGAUCUGUUUCUUUAAAAAAGUAAAUUAUGCCACUGCACAUGAAAUAACUGUGUAAAUGGGGUCAAAAGUUUCUCUCUCAAACAAAUAUACACAUUGUAUUGAUAAGUUUCUUUUUUAAAUUUAAUCCUUUUAUGGUUUUCACACAUUAUUGGAGCUGUACCUGUAUGUGUGUGUUCUGGUUGUCACUAUUUCUUCCAGCCUGUGAUGUCUUUCCAUUUCUAUUGUUGUGAACAGGCAUUUCUUCAUACAGUGUGAGAUGCUAAUCUUACUCAUGGUACAGCCUUGUUUAACCAAUGCAGUAUUUAACUCCAAAUCAUUAGCCUACAAAAUAAAAACUGUCAUUUCUUAUAACUCGUUUUUCCAUGUUCAUAGAAACAAAACUUUGAUUGUAUUACUAAUAUUAAUUUCUAAAUAUAAAAACCCACACAUUGGUUUCCCUUUUUAAUAUGGUAUUCAUUAGAUAUCAUAAUGUUGAAACUUCCACCACCUUUUGCAGAAGAAAUCUGCAUCCCUGCCUGCUUCAAUUUUACUACCUCCUCAUUUACUUACAAAUGUAAUUUUUAUACAGCACUUUGUAGCAUCCAUUGUUCCACAUUUAGCCAGAAAAUGCAAGCGUAUGUCUGCCUCUAUGUAUCUUUGGUAUUCACCCUGUAAUGUGUUUGUGUAUACAUACUGUACAUACAUAUAUACAUACACAAACACCCAAAGUUCAUUGCAUUAAACCUACACUGUAUUUGUUUUUUGUUUUUUUUGACAAGUGUAAUUGCACAGUGUUUAGGGUAGAAAUUUUGUACGGUCUUUUAAUAAAUAAUAAAAAGGUACUCAAUGUUAAUAUUAAUCAUAUUACCAAGAUCCAAUUACGAAAAUCUGCACUUUACAGAUAUCCUGGUUUUGUGAUGCCAGAAUACAUGGCAGUAUUUGUAUAUUAUUAGACAUGUGCUUUUAUAUUGUAAUAAAGUUAAAUGUGAGAAAUCAA